AAAUUCCGCCGGUUGUGAACAGAGAAGAUUUUCGGCGCCUUUUACUGUUUCAGCACAAUUUUACAAUUGUCCAUCAAAGCCAUUUCACAGAGUCUCACAAGUGUUUAAGUGCUUCUUUGCCUUUGGUUUAUUUUCUCAAGAUGUCUCAGCAGCAGAUCAGCCUUCCUGCCAAGCUUAUCAAUGGUGGCAUUGCUGGCCUUGUAGGGGUUACUUGUGUUUACCCCAUUGACCUGGCCAAAACCCGUCUCCAGAACCAGAGACAAGGACAACAGGUCUACAAGAACAUGAUGGAUUGUCUUGUCAAAACAGUACGAUCAGAGGGAUAUUUUGGCAUGUACAGAGGUGCUGCAGUGAAUCUUGCUCUAGUCACACCUGAAAAGGGAAUCAAGCUUGCUGCCAAUGACUUUUUCCGUCACCACCUUGCCAAGGAUGGGAAGGGCUUGACUGUGAUUAAAGAAAUGUUGGCAGGUUGUGGUGCUGGCAUGUGCCAAGUUGUCAUUACUACUCCUAUGGAGAUGCUGAAAAUCCAAUUGCAGGAUGCUGGGAGAUUAGCGGCCCAGCAGAGAAUGCCAGGUAUCCUGGCUUCCAGUAAACUGGCUCAGACUAAUGCCGUGCUGAGCCGCUCAUACAAUGUGAUGCCAAGUUCAGCCCGAACCAUCUCUGCUACACAGAUUGCCAAAGAGCUGCUACACACCCAAGGCAUCCAGGGACUUUACAAAGGUCUUGGAGCUACACUGAUUAGAGACGUGCCUUUCUCAGUUGUCUACUUUCCGCUUUUUGCUAACCUUAACCACUUGGGCAAGCCUUCUGAAGAUGAUGCGGCACCCUUCUAUUGGUCAUUUAUGUCAGGGUGUGUGGCUGGGUCCACUGCUGCAGUAGCAGUUAACCCAUGUGAUGUGGUAAAAACCAGACUCCAGUCCUUAAACAAAGGUGCCAAUGAGGAGACGUACAGUGGCGUGCUGGACUGUGUGAGUAAGAUCAUGAAGAAGGAGGGACCAUCUGCUUUCUUGAAGGGUGCUGGCUGCAGAGCACUCGUCAUUGCACCACUGUUUGGCAUUGCCCAAGUGAUGUAUUUUGUAGGAGUUGGAGAAUUCAUUAUGAGCCAACGGCCACUUACUCUCCUGUCUCCUUAAGCAAGCUUCAAGAUCUCAAAUGAACUUUAGUUACAGCUGAAGCCAUGAGAGAAACCAUAUUCUCUAAAGAUUUUAGAGUUUAACAGACUGGCGGCUGUGCCGUUUGUUUCCCCGAGUCAGCCUUUGGCCUCACUGCACUUCCUGUCUGGUUUGCUUACUCAUUCGAUGAGCCGCAACCAACGUUUUGCACUUGUUGGUUAGGACUUGUCCUGGAGAACUUUUGACUGUGCUUUAUGUCCUCCUAGAAGGAUCCACUGACACUUUCCCUCAAUGAGGGAGAACGGUCUCACCAUAAAGGCAUCGUGUACAGUAUGACCGAAGUAGUAUUCUUUCUCCUUCUGUAAUGUCUCACACAACCUUCCCCACCCACAUAUACAUGUUUUUCUGUGUCAUGUCUAUGUAAUGCUGUCAUUUGGGGCAAAAAUGCAUGAUGACUGAUUUUACAUGGUAGCUACAAAUGUUAAACACUUCAUUCCACUCAAUGUUUUUGAAUUACUUUAUAGCAUUGCCACAACUGGGGUAAAGGGUUGUACCAAAAGUUCACCAUGAGUUUAAGUUCUAUAUUGCUUAAGUUCUGUACUGAAUUUUGGGGGCCAACAGUUGGAAAAUGGAAGAUUAAGCUUUGUGUUUACCUGACGUUUACUUUGAUACAGUUGUUUUACUGUAUUAUGACCAGUGCUAGAUCCCUGACUUUAAUUACUAUUCCACUGUGUAGUGAUUAGUACUGUAAGUAGGUAAGAUCAUUUCAAUUUAGCUGCCUUGGUUUUUGUACAAACAUUAUUUAUACAGUACCAAGUGUUCAGAUUUCUCAGACAGAAAGGACCAUAACUCUAAAGAGCAGGAAAGGUGAACCGUACCUGUUUGAUUAAUAUUUAUAGUAAGAAAUAGAUGCUACUCUUUGGAAAGCAAUGUUUAAUACAGCUCCUGAGUCAUUGACAAAAACAAUAAACAUCAAUGUGUA